GGCGGAAGGUUAUAUUCGAGAGUUCACCGUUGGAGGGGAGGAACAUGAGGAUAUGUGGAUUCGGGAUCCACUGGAGUGGCUCAAUCAGAAGGUUUUCGACUCGUUUCGGGUGACCGAGUCGCUCGAUCUCGAGUGUUCGGGAAUUCUUCAAGAGUUCCAAAAGCUGAUCCUCGCAACUGAAACCCCUCUCGCCUCACCGACAAUUGAAGUAUGUGAUGAGAUUCUGUCGCAGCUCUGUGGGACAUAUAUGAAUGCUGUAUCUCCGCCCUCCAAGUUCCCAGCGGUUUAUGAGGACGUGGACAUGGAGUAA